AUGGAAGGCUACAAUUCGGUUCAAAAUCCCAUAGUUCCAGAAACAAAGCUCAUCAAGGAUGAGGGAGGAGAGAAAGUUGACAGCACUUACUUCAAGCAAAUAGUGGGAAGUUUAAUGUAUCUAACUACUACAAGGCCUGAUCCAAUGUUUGCUGUGAACCUUAUUAGCAGAUACAUGGAAUCACCCACUGAACUUCAUUUUCAAGCAGCUAAGAGAGUGUUACGCUAUUUGAAAGGAACAACUGAUCUUGGUCUAUUUUACAAGAGGAAAGUUGGAGCAAAACUGAUGGGAUUCAGCGACAAUGAUUAUGUUGGGGAUCUUAAUGAUAGGAAAAGUACAUCUGGAUACGUAUUUCUGUUAAGUUCAGCUGUUGUAGCUUGGUCUUCGAGAAAACAACCUAUUGUCACUCUUUCUACAACAGAAGCUGAAUUCAUAGUUGCAGCCUCAGACUUCGACCUCUUCUCUUUAGGUGGUAAUGUCGAAGAUGCUGUUUUGACAGAAGCUAGCAUUGAUGGGUCAAAAUCUCAGACAAUUGCAACCUCAUUGUUAAGGAAUUGCUGGAUCCAAGCUUCCAUGGAACUGGGAAUAGAUGUUCUCCAUGACGAAACGUCAUAA